AUGGGAACAUAUCGGACUAAUUUGAAUAUUACGCAUACAGAAUCAGUUUCAUCUCAGUCAUCAACUCUGUUUUCGCCACCUCUGUCAUCAUCAUCAUCAUCAUCAUCAUCAACAACAUCUUCCACGUAUCGAUUGAUUGAACGAUAUAAUAAUAAUGAGGAAAUUAAUUUACUUCAACACACCGAUUUGAAUCUAUUCAACAUUCAAGCAACAUCAAUGGGAACAACAACACCAGCAGUGACUACAAAUCUUAUUACAAAUGUAACAAAAACAAAUCUUUACUCAUCAAAUAUGAACAAUACUAACACUAGUGAAGAAUGUCCUUGUGAAGCAAAUCCUUUAUCCCUCCUAGAAAGUGCAUGCUCUCUAGCAUAUAACUAUUCGCCAUUAUGUGCGUUAACAAACUCUUUAAACAAUUUUAAGUCGGACAGUACUAUUACUACUACUAAUAGCAGUGAUCAUAAUACUUAUAAUCAAUAUCAAAGUAAAAAUCUACAAAUAGUGAAUAAAAAUAAUAAACGCGGAACAGGAACACGCAAUCGUCUUAGACAUUCAACAAGAGAUCAAGUGUUAGUUACAAAUUCCAAUAACAAACUGAUCAAUCCAACUUGUAUUAAUGAUCAAAUAUGGUCCAAUCAUCCGAAUAAUCCUUACGACAGUUUAACUCAACAACAUCGAUCGUUAUUAUUACCUUUAACAAGAAGUAGUUCAGAAGUAAAUACAUCCUUAGCUCAAAGUAUUUUCAAUGAAGAUUUUCUAAUAUGUAACACACUGAAUCAUGGUGGUGAUAUGAAUUUGAAUCGUGAUACUAACAAGGAUAAUGAUAGUGCUACUAACUCUGAUAGUGUCAGUCAAAUCCCCUUUGGUUACCUGAAGACCCAACUUGUCAGAAAGCAUUUAGUUCGAAAUCUAUCUAUGAUAACCAUAAAUUCUAGUUUACAAGAGAAAAGAACUGUACCAUUUUAUGCUGAAUUACGUAAUACUGAAAAUGAUGUUGAUAUUCAAAGGUCUGAUCCGAAAUUAUCCAUGGACUGGAGAGAUAAUGUUUCUGUAAAACACCAGGUAGAGGAACAUGCCAAUACCGACAACAAUACUGGAUACUUUAAUCAAGAAAAUCAAAGUUAUUUAGGUAUUCAUAAAAAUAUUUUAUCUUCUGGAGUUUGUAAUCAAGAUUUAUUAUCAUUUCAGUCUGUAGUAAGUAAUCGACAGGAUAACUUACCUCAUCCAAGUCACUUAUUUCCUUGCGAUGCGGCUGAUGAAGUUGGCCAGAAAAGAUCAGAACAGUCUGUAAUAAAUCCACAAGAGAUCAAUGAAAUCAAUAAUUUUAUAGAUACGGAUCACCAUAAUCGUUGUCACCAAAUUAAUUAUUACGAGAGAAUAAAGUCCCACUAUGUACAUGAGUCGAAUAUGGGCAAAGAUGUAGAACAGUGGAGAAAUGCUUCAUACUGUCCAGUGAAGUCACCGUAUCUAAGCAAUCAAGACUCAAUGCAAAAUUCAACAGAAGUUAAUAGAAUUCAGACAUUUGUACAACCUCCCUCUCAUAACAUAUCAAAUUAUUCAAAUUUCAAUGAUAACUUAUUUGUUUUAACUAAUACAUCUAUGAAUAAAAUGGCAUUUAUGAACAGAUUACCUAAUUCUAAUGCAAAAACAGAUCAGAUAAGAGUGACAGCAGAUGAGCUUUAUAUAGAUCAUAACUCCUUUUCAUCAAUUUCAACAGUUGUGACAACAAUAUCUUCCCCAGUAAACUCAUCAUCACUAAUCACAUCAAUAAAUCAACAUGAACAUUUAAGUGGGAUGACUUUCUCUGAUAAUCCUAAUUGUUUAUCUCCAGUACCAUCAAAUGAGUGGGGAGAUCAUAAGAUAUCUAUACACCCAAACACUAAUCAUAUGAUAUCGUUGUCACCAUCACUAACAGGAAAUACAACAACAGUUGAGAACUCCGCGACUUCAAUGAAGACAGCAUUAUAUUCAUGGAAACUAGAUGGUCAUGUAAAUCCACAGUUUCUCGACAAUUCAUCUACAAGACUAGGUGAUCAAAACUGUCGUAUAAGCAGAACAGAAUAUUUUGAUUCAUCUCUAACGGAUACUGCUUACUUAUCACCACAUACGAACCUGAUUCAACAGUCAAUGUAUAACCAGUCAGGUGAACACGAUCAGGAAUCAGAUAAUUAUAACCAACAAGUUAACCUAUUAAAUUUAACCAAUUUGAAUAAUCUGCCUGAUUCAAACGCUGAAUCAGCUUUUCAUAAAUACGAAUGGAAAUCUUCAAAUAUGAUGAUUAUGAAUCAUGUGAAUGAACUGAUGAGUGUAUAUAAUAGUAAUAUUGCCAACAAUACCACUACGACAAACUCUAUCGGUGGUACCACUGAUACGAUGGUUAGUGGUACUCAGAUGAAUAAUUGUAACACUGAGAUAAAUAAUAACACACCAGUUAUAACUGUAAAUGAUAAUGAAAGGUUAAAUCAAGAUUCACACCACGGUGAACAUCAGUUUAAUAAACUAUUGCACAUCAAUCCAAAUUUCAUGGAACCACCAUCCUACUUAUUCACUUCUCUAGUUUGUAGUCGAAAUUCAGAAGAUUUUAAAGAUAGCAUUUCCCAUAAUAAUUCGAUACCAGUUUCAACACCUGGAUUACAUGAUCAUACAUCAUUUGAGUCUUCACAUUCAUUGUCUACACUACCGACAGCAUCAUCAAGUAUAUUCAGUGGAAUGUUACAGCAUAUAGUACUACCACCGACAUCAAUUCAGUUGAUUACAUCCUCUGCUUGUACUUCAACAGCUGAGACAAGUGGUUUAAUUCAUGAGUGUAAAUUAUUUAAUUCUACUGGAAAACACCACUCAGAGACGUCAGAUGAAUUAAUGAAUAUAACAGGAUCAUGUUCACCAUCAUCAUCCACAUGCAUUCUAUCACAACUACCUGGAUUCAAUGAAGGAGUGACCAUGAGUGGAAUGGAUUACCUUCAAGGUGUUAGAAGUAAUGAAAGUUUAAAUACAACUGUUCUGGUAAAUAACACUGGUAAUAAUAACAAUAACAACAAUAAUAAUAGUACUAAUAAUGCAAUAAUUCCUGGAACUGGUGAGUAUCCCUCAGCGGAUGACUUAGAAAUAUUUGCUAAAAUGUUUAAACAGCGUAGAAUUAAAUUAGGUUAUACACAAGCUGAUGUCGGUCUAGCUUUGGGCACACUGUACGGGAAUGUAUUUAGUCAAACAACUAUAUGUCGGUUUGAAGCGUUACAAUUAUCUUUUAAAAAUAUGUGUAAAUUGAAACCUUUAUUACAAAAAUGGUUGCAUGAAGCAGACUGUUCAACUGGUACAACAAAUAAUCUUGAUAAGAUUACAACACAAGGACGUAAACGUAAAAAGCGUACUAGCAUAGAAAUUGGUGUUAAAGGUAUACUUGAGAAUCACUUCAUUAAACAACCAAAACCAUUGGCACAAGAUAUUAUUCAAUUAGCUGAUGUUUUGGGUUUGGAGAAAGAGGUUGUACGUGUAUGGUUUUGUAAUCGACGGCAAAAACAGAAACGACUGAACCCUUUACUACUUGGUUCGGGAUUGAAUUCCAACGAAGAUAGUACUUGUGGAAGUAUGAAUAAUGACGACAGUUAUGAUGAUGAUGAUGAUGAUGAGGCAGAUGGAGAAGAGGAGGAAGAUGAAGUAGAUAACGACUUGGUUGAAGAGGAAAGUCAUGGAACUGGUGUUUGUCAUAACGGUGAUCACCUUAAUGGUGUCAUUAAAGAGAAACAAACUGGUAAUCAUUUACAGGACAAGCAUCAAUUAUCAAGUGAUUCAAAAAGUGAUGCUGAUUAUAGAAAGUCUGAAAAUAUUCUAGAAAGUGAACAGAAUUUUUUUGAAAAUGAAAACCAAUUAGAUGUAUGCAACAACCAAUCAUUGAAGCGUAAUUCAAUAAAACGUUCAAGACGUCGUCUUAAUCAAUCGCUGACUCCGAUUAAUUUCAAUUGUAAUUUUAUCAAUGAUCAGUCAUCAGUCAAUUCAGUUCAUAAUUUACACGGGAUAUCGUCUUGUUCUUCAUCUUCAUUACCCACAUCUUCUGCGCUACUUCCAUCACUACAUUCCACUUUUGUGCAAAAUUUAUUUAAUCCAGAUAAUCUCCUACAGAAAUAUCCACAUAUAUUUCCAGAUAAUCACAGUGUAAUUCGAAAUAGUAACAAUAGUAAUACAGCUAAUGGAUUCUUGGGUUUACAAUUGAAAUCAUUUUAUACACCGAAUAAUCCAGUAUGUGAUCCUAGUGGAUUAAUCAACGACGGGCAUUCAGGGGACAGCUCAAUUGUGGACUACGUACCUACGGAACAAACGACAAAUAAUUCGUUCAUGCUGUCUAAUCUAAAUUUUAAUCAACAACACUCAAAUGUUAUGUCAUCUAGUGCAAUACAUGAUGGUUAUGCUCACGAUCUAAUGAAUUAUAAUUCACGAUUAGAAUUACCUUGUUUAUCGACUGGUUCCACAGGUCAAAUAGCUUCAAAUGAAACACCUACAUACCAUGAAAAUAUUGAUCAAAGUGGUGUACUGAAUGAUACAUCGUCUAUCACUACUAAUUGUGUUGAUGAUCUAACGAACUAUACUCCUGGCAUUGGAAUGAGUAUAGAAGGUUAUAACUCUGACCACUCGGCAUUGAUUUCAAAUAUUUUUAUGCACACCAAGAAUACUACUUGUAUAAGCAAUCCCUGUAGUGUUACUGACAGUCUAUUUAUCUAUCCUUCAUCACAUCAGUAA